ACAGCAGGUGUCAAAACAGGACAUCAGGGUAUAAACGGGCACAUCUCUCAGAUCCCCGGGUUGUCUCCAGUCAUCAGAUCGCUCUGUGAGGAGAAGGCUCAGGGACGGAGGGUCCGGGUCCUGGACACCGAUUCUGACUAUGUGAAGCUUGCAAAACGAGGAGGACAUAAAGGCCUUUUGUGCCAUGAGGAAUCUAUUAUUUCCAAGCCCACUUCAUACAAACCUCCCGACUGGUUCGGCACAGAGUCAGAAGACAGCAGCAAACCUAGUCUCAUUAACAGUGAAGAGAAGAAAAACCCUGGAGCUUUUCAACCACUGGCGCCUCCCUUUGGGACUGACAACAUGUCAGCCUGGGAGAGGGAUAACAGCAGCAACAGUGAAAAAGAGAAGAACAACAAUGUUGAUGACAGCCAGAUGGAGAAGAUGGGGACAUCCUUUCAAAAUCUCAACGCCAACAAAUUCAAGAGGAUAACGUUUGACAAGAAACCGGCCCCCGUUGACAUGUCUAAGCUGCUGAGCUUCGGCUACGCCGAAGACAACAAGCCACUCCAGUGACGUGUCGAGCCAACAGACUGAAAGACUGCCAGGUUUGCGGGGAAAGGAUGACGUAGCUGAAAUGCUUCCAACAUUACCGUCCGCUCCUCCAGCACUCAUUUCUGUACCUCCUCAUGCUGAGCCGCAUCAAAUCUUUUUAUUGGUUUCAGUUGUUUUGUCAUUUGGACGUGCGACAACGCUUUCCUGUACCGAGCCUGUUAGCGGGGCGUCAUUAACUGCAUCCGUGAUAGGCUUUUUUAUGC